AUGUCUCACCUUCCUUCGGAGCCUGAGUUCGAGCAGGCUUACAAGGAGCUCGUCUUGACUCUGGAGAACUCGAGUCUGUUUGAGAAGAUCCCCGAAUACAGAAAAGCUUUAGAGAUCUGCUCGAUCCCCGAGCGGAUCAUUCAAUUCCGCGUUGUGUGGGAAGACGACAACCACCAGGUGCAAGUCAACCGCGGGUAUCGCGUGCAAUUCAACUCGGCUCUGGGCCCGUACAAGGGCGGUCUCCGAUUCCACCCUACAGUUAACCUGUCUGUCUUGAAGUUUUUGGGCUUCGAGCAGAUCUUCAAAAAUGCUCUCACUGGCCUCAACAUGGGCGGUGGCAAAGGCGGGUCCGAUUUCGACCCCAAGGGCAAGUCAGACAACGAAAUCCGGAGAUUUUGCUGUGCUUUCAUGAGCGAGCUGGGCAAGCAUAUUGGUGCCGAUAUGGACGUUCCAGCCGGUGAUAUUGGUGUGUCCGGCAGAGAGAUUGGCUGGCUCUUCGGGCAAUACAAGAAGCAGACGAAACUCUGGGAGGGUGUCUUGACUGGGAAAGGAGGCAGCUGGGGUGGUUCUCUUAUCCGGCCUGAGGCCACUGGCUACGGCCUCGUUUACUAUGUUGGACACAUGAUCGACUAUGCCACCGGCGGCAAGGAGUCUUUCGCCGGAAAGCGAGUCGCCAUUUCUGGGUCUGGAAACGUGGCACAAUAUGCUGCUCUGAAAGUUCUGGAGCUGGGCGGUAUUGUCUUGUCGCUCAGUGAUAGCAAGGGUUCUAUCAUCGCCACUACGGAACAGGGCAUUGAUGCCGAAUUGAUUGCCAAAAUUGCCCAGUUGAAGGUGGACCGAAAACAACUAUCUGAACUCGCAGGCACUUCCGAAUUCGACAGCAAGGCCAAGUACCUGGAAGGCAAACGCCCUUGGCUGCAAGUUGGCGCUGUCGACAUUGCGCUGCCCUCCGCUACCCAGAACGAAGUCUCUGGCGAGGAAGCCGAAGGUCUGAUCAAGGCUGGCUGCAGAUUCAUUGCUGAAGGUAGCAACAUGGGAUCUACGCUAGAGGCAAUCGAGGUGUUUGAGAACCACCGGAGGAACAACAAGGACAAGGCCAUCUGGUAUGCUCCGGGCAAGGCUGCCAAUGCUGGUGGUGUGGCAGUGUCCGGGCUCGAAAUGGCUCAGAACUCGUCCCGCGUCCAGUGGACGUCGGAGGAAGUCGACAACCGACUGAAGGACAUCAUGAAGAACUGCUUCAAUAGCGGUCUUCAGACAGCACUGACCUACGUGACACCUGGCGAAGGAGAACUCCCAAGCUUGGUUGCCGGCAGCAACAUUGCCGGGUUCAGCAAGGUUGCGGCGGCCAUGAAAGAACAGGGCGACUGGUGGUAG